GGCUACUACUACUAGCCGAGUUCGUGGUUCUUCCCGGAAUCCCAAACAUCCUGCAUUUAAAAUUAUCUACAGAGACUCUACUAUAGUCUACCGUAGUCAGACCUUGAGAGAAAGAAGACAGUACUUCCCUUCUUUCCGAGUCACAGCUACCUGAUAAUCUGCCUUCAUGUUCAUCAACCGUCCAACAUAUGUCUACACACGAUGAUCAUAGAACAGGAGAAGAUGGUCUUGACCCGCAUCCAUCUGCGCCUCGCGAACUUUUGAUUCUCUACGCUACGGAAACUGGUACAGCUCAAGAGACUGCUGAUCGUAUUGCGAGGGAAUGUCGAAGAGUCCGUUUCCACUGUCGUGUGCAGAGCAUGGAUGCGUAUCCGCCGGAAACAUUGAUUUCGGAACACCUUGUCAUCUUCGUGGUUUCGACCACGGGCUGGGGAGCCGAGCCAAGAGCCAUGACUUCAUUAUGGAACAUGCUGCUGAGAUCUGAUCUCCCAGAUGACCUAUUCGAGGACAUGUGUUUCUGCGUGUUCGGCCUUGGAGAUACAGCCUACGAGAAAUUUUGUUGGCCAGCAAAGAAGCUGUCAAGAAGGAUGCAGAGUUUAGGAGGUUAUGAGAUAUGCUCUCGAGGGGAAGGAGACGAACAGCAUCGCCUGGGGGUAGAUGGUGCUUUGGAUCCUUGGGUCGAACUUCUCCUGGAAACCCUCAUACAGCUUUACCCGCUACCACACGAGCAAGAUAACAUUCCUGCUGGCCGACCACCACCCCGCGUAUCCUUGAGCAAUUUGGAAUCUGGCACCUCCUUGAGUCCGGAUCCUCUGGAUGAGGACAAGAAGUUUCAUACAGCUUCGGUGAAAUGCAACAGACGAAUCACUGCGGAAGAUUGGUUUCAGGACGUUCGUCACUUUGAGUUCUCCUUCGAAGACAGUAUCAAAUAUAAUCCUGGAGAUGUAGCUGUGAUUCAUCCGUCUGCAGCUGCAUCAGAAGUCGACUCUUUCCUAGCCACCAUGGGCUGGGAAAAUGCUGCCGACGAUCUUUUCACAGUAGAACACACUAUGUUAGAUCAAACGUUACCCGACCAUCUACCGAGAAUUGUUUCACUUCGAAUCCUCUUCACGCGCUAUCUUGAUUUCAAUGCUGUGCCCCGCCGCUCUUUUUUCCAAUUGCUGCGAUAUUUUGCUACCGACGAGCUCGAACGCGAAAAAUUAGAUGAAUUUGUAUCGAUAGAAGGAGCGGAUGAAAUGUAUGAUUAUUGUCAACGCGUGAAGCGCACGAUUUGGGAGGUAUUGUCCGAGUUUCGGUCAGCAAGGAUACCCAGAGAGUAUGUCUUUGACUUGUUCCCUCCACUAAGGCCAAGGGAGUUCUCUAUUGCUAGUUCCAUCGAGUUCCAUCCCCGCGAACUCCAUCUCUGUGUAGCUAUAGUGCGCUAUCGUACAAAGUUAAAAAUCCCUCGGAAAGGCGUCUGUACUAGUUAUUUAUCAGGUCUUACACCAGGAGAUGCCCUUCGUAUCGGUCUUAGAAAGGGCUUUAUUUCCCUUCCUACGGAUCCAAACAUACCAGUUAUGUGCGUUGGUCCAGGCACAGGCAUUGCACCAAUGCGUGCUGUCAUCCAACAACGUAUACACGAGGGAUACAACAAUACUACGUUAUACUUUGGUUGCCGUUCUGCACACAAGGACCAACACUAUCACUCGGAAUGGGAAUCUCAUGCAGAAGAACAGAAACUCCGCUACCGCGUUGCGUGUUCUCGUGAUGGGCCAGAGGGCGUCAAACGGACGUAUGUGCAAGAUCUGAUGCAGAAGGACGCGCAGGACAUUUGGAACAUGUUGGGGCAGCAACGAGGCAUCCUUAUCAUCUCAGGUUCUUCGAACAAAAUGCCUACUGCCGUCCGUGAAGCUGUGCGAAGUGCAGUGGAGAGGUUCGGAGGACGAUCGAAUGUGGAAGCUGUGGAGUAUGUUGCUGCGAUGGAGAGGGAGGGAAGGUUGAUCGAGGAGUGUUGGAGCUGAGAAUAUUCGAAACUAGUGAGCUCCAAAUCGUGAAGAAGUUGAUGCACUUUGAUAAGCAGAUUCCGCAAUUAGCAUGCUUGUCGUUGGUUGGUUCAAAUUUUCAAGCUCGUAACUGGGCCUGUGACCAUCACUUCAAGCGAAUAUCCAUAUGCAGCCUCGGC